ACACGCACACACACACACACACACACACACACACACACACACACACACACAUGCACGCACAAACACACUGCACAGUGUGGAAUUACGAAUCCGGAUCUCGCUGUGGAUACCAGAAGAGUUUUUUUUUUGGACAAAACCUCCUAUGAGAGUCAGGAGGAGGAACUACAGAGCGACUUACCCUGAAGGAUCCAUCUCUAGGCCUCGUCAUCACGUCUAACAGAGACGCCACUAUGGCUGAAGUCAUGAGCCUUGAAAACGCAGAGCACACGAACGAAAUGACGCACCUAGAAGACGCCGAGGAAAGCAAGACUCAGGUGGAAGAAAUGAACUCCGUCAAGGAGGAAAAAGAGACCAAGAAGGUCGGCAGGACGAGAAAGCGAGAACGGCCGCAGAAGAGCUCGGACGUCGGCAUCACCGAGGUGAACAACAUGAACGACGUCGGGGAUCUGGAGGACGAGGUGACGGAGGACGGAGCCAACCUGACAGACGUUGCGCUAAAACAAGAGAGACUUCUCAAGACCAACAAACCGGUGCAGAAGAGCUACAUCCCGAAAAUGGGCAAAGGAGACGUGAAGAGCAAGUUUGAGGCCAUGCAGAAGGUCAGAGAGGAGAGGAACCGCAUGAGGAGCGAGGAGGAGCAAAAGAAACGCAAGGAGCAGUACAUCAAAGAGCGGGAGAGGAUCCGCAAAAAGCAGUUGAUACAAGAGCUGCUCGCCUCCAGCGACGAGGAGGAGGAGGAAGUAAAACCGGCCAAAGUUGAGAAGUCCUACGUCCCAAAGAUCAUCGGCAGCGUGAAGGGGAAAUUUGCUGAGAUGGAGAAGCAUAGAGAGGAAGACCAGAGGAGGAAGAUGGAGGAAGAGAGGAAGAAGCGCAUCACUCAGGAGACCUUGGAGAAGGCCAAGAUUAAGAAGGAGUUAGCCAAGAAGGUGGAGGAGGAAGGAGACAGCAGCAUCUCGGUGCGAGUCGUUCCAGCCAAAUCGCAGAAGCAACCUGGGAAGAUCAAAAUGAAUUUCGAGGACAUCGAGAAGAGCCGAGCGGAGGAGAUGCACAAGAGGAGCGAGGAGGAAAAGAAGAAGAGAUACGACGAGAACCGGCGCUCGUUUAGAGAGGCCAAGCGAAGCUCCGUUUCCACAAACCAGGACGAUGAGGAGAGCCAGGGGAAAGAGAAGGAGCGCGUGACUCCAGGUAAGCUGUGUCUGACGUUCGAGGAGCAGGAGAAGGAGCGGCAGGAGCAGCAAAGGAAGCAGACUGAGGAGGAGGCCAGGAGGAGGCUCCAGGAGGAGAGGAAAGCUUUUGAGGAGGCCAAACUGGGAAUGGUUCAGGACGACGAGGACGUGUCCAGCGAGCAGGCUGAAAAGGAAGAGAUCCGACCGGGAAAACUGAGGCUCAGCUUUGAGGAGCUGGAACGACAGCGACUGGAGGAGGAACACAAACGCGUGGAGGAAGAAAGGAAGAGACGCAUCCUGGAGGAGAGGAAGGCGUUCGCCGACGCCAGGAAGAGCAUGAAUCUAGACGAAGAAGAUGACAUCCUGCUGGCAGCCAUGAGCGUGGACGAUGGGGCCACACCAGGAAAACUAGCCAUCAGCUUCGAGGAACUGGAGAGGCAGAGACGUGAGGAAGAGCAGAAGAGAAAGGAGGAAGAGGCCAAGCGUCGCCUGGAGGAGGAGAAGAGGCUGUUCGCGGAGGCUCGUAAGAAUAUGGAUCAGGACGACGCUGUGACGCUCGGUGCCGGAGAAGUGCAGGAUGAGGACGACAACCUGGUGAGGACGGAGUCACAGGAAGCGAUGCAUCCUGGGAAACUGGAGAUCAAUUUUGAGGAGAUGAUGAAGAUGAAAGAGGAGGAGAAGCGGAAAAGGAAGGCGGAGGCACGGCGUCAGAAGAUGGAGAUGGAGAAGAAAGAGUUAGAGCAGCUGCGUCAGGAGAUGGGCGAGGAGGAGAUCAACGAGACGACGGAGGUGGUGAGCCCCGAGUAUGAAGAGUUGACAAAACUGAAGAGAACCGGCUCCAUCCAGGCCAAGAACCUGAAGGUGAAGUUUGAGAAGAUCAAGCAGCUCACAGAGGAGGAGAUCCAGAGGAAGAUCGAGGAGGAGAGAGCAAGAAGAAAGGCCAUCGAUGAGGAGAUCAAAGAGAGGGAAGCCGAGCGCUGUGUGGAGGAUGAGGGCGAGGACAUGAAGGGUGCUGUGAAAGCGGACGACGCUCCAUUCAAGCAGAAAGUGGACAUGCGUGCACGGUUCGAGCAGAUGGCCAAAGCACGUGAGGAGGAGGAAAAGAGGAGGAUCGAAGAGCAGAAGCUCCAGAGGAUGCAGUUUGAACAGCAGGAAAUCGACGCUGCUCUCCAAAAAGAAAGAGAGGAUGAUGAUGAAGAGGAAGGCAGUGUUGUGAAUGGGUCUGCAGUCUACGACGAGGAGGAUGAUCACGGCCGCUCGGGCGCCCCAUGGUUCAAAAAGCCUCUGAAGAACCAGACGGUGGUGGACUCGGAGCCAGUACGCUUCACAGUUAAGAUCACAGGCGAGCCCAAGCCUGAGGUGACGUGGUGGUUUGAGGGUGAGCUCCUCCAGGACUGUGAGGAUUAUCAGUAUAUCGAGCGAGGUGAGACCUACUGCCUCUACCUGCCCGAGACCUUCCCCGAGGACGAGGGCGAGUACAUGUGCAAGGCUGUGAACAGCCGUGGCAGCGCCGCCAGCACGUGUAUCCUCACUAUCGAAACUGAGGACUACUGACAGGCCCUUUCGUUCUCUCUCUCUCUCUCUCUCUCUCUCUCUCUCUCUCUCUCUCUCUCUCUCUCUCUCUCUCACACACACACACACUCUUUCUGUCUCUCUCUCUCUCUCUCUCUCUCUCUCUCUCUCUCUCUCUCUCUCUCUCUCUCUCUCUCUCUCUCUCUCUCCAGCUGAGGACUACUGACAGGUCCCAUCGCUCUCUCUCUCUCCGGAACUUUCCCUGUCUUUUUCAUGUCUUUGUACUUUUUUAAAGUUCACACCUCAUGGUAGGGCCAAACGUUCUUCUUCAGAGGAGGAAAAGCAGCCUGUGUGUUUGUGUGUUUAUGUGUGUGUUUGUGUUUGUGUGUUUUUCACCAUUCCUCCAAAGAAUCCGCUCAAAGUUGAAGUGAAAGAUGUGUUCACACGUGAAAGCUGCCCUCACCAUCAGAAAGAAGACUUUCAGUGAAUUUGUGCCAAAACCAGACAGUCAGUUUCCAUCAGCUGUUAGGAUGUACACUUCGAUUUGAAAAGAUUUAUGGCUUGAAUAACACAACAGGGUCAACUGCUGUUUCUACUUUAUGGAGGAAUGAAGGAAGUUUAAGAGAAUCAGUUCUCUCAGAAAUCUAGAUAAUGUUGAAAAUACUUCUGACUGUUACAAAGCGCUGACACUGGAGACUCCU